UUCUUAUUCAGUUUUAUUUCGACUACUCACUACUACUAGUAUGCCCUUGUGGGCUCGCAUAGCUCCUUCCUCCUUCGCGAUUUGGGGUAGCUGUUCCAUCAUCGGGUCAGCAGCCAAGGCAGUAGACGACACGUAGUCGUAGAUCAUAUAGACCAAUCUGAAAUGGCUGAUACCAGUGCAGCGGGCAAAAAUGGUCCUGAAGCAGUGAGUGAAGAAGCUGCGAAAUCAUUUGCAACUCUCGAUAUCAAUUCUUCAUUGACAGAUACAAAUGUUGGGGAGUGUGUCUCGGAAAUACCUGACCAUAUCGGCACCCCUACCGCGUAUACCGAGGAGGAAAUAGCUGUACCGGUUGCGGAGUCGUCAGCCAAUGCAUCAGGUGCUACUGAAGUCCACCCAGCGCACCACGUGUAUAGUCGACAGCCAUCCGAAGUGGAACUGGAAAACGCCCAGCAGCUCGUUGAAGCAGUCGACCUAUUAUUUGGCGGUGGGCAGGAGGAGACAUGUGACGAUGGCGAUAAUGAUUCUGUCUGUGCUGCGGCUGUAGGUGCAAGUGCAAGUGCACAUGCAGCACCACCCGGGUUCUUUCAUCAAGAAUCUGCUACAUUCCAGGAUGACCUGGAUGAAUUGCUUCACAGUGCGGAUACUGAGGGGCCCGAGGAUGUCUCCUUUGUGGACGAUUUGGACUCGGAGGAAUGCGCCCGGCUUCAGCAGGAAGAAGCUGAAGUUCUGCAAGCAAUCCUUGGAGACGGUCUUACGUUUUGCAGCGACGACCGGCGUUCCUUGCGUGCUCAGCUGUAUCUGAACAGGGAUGGAGAAAACAUUGAGUAUGGAGCAAUUCUUUUCUUCAUACCGGAGGAGUACCCUGGCUGUGUUCCCAUCUUUGAACUCGAAGUGUCCAAGACCAAAUAUCUGGCAAUGACAGAUGCUGAUUACAUCUACGAUCAAGUACUAGCGACUGCAGUUUCCCAUGUUGGCACAGUGAUGAUCUAUGAUUUGAUAUGGCGGGCUACUUUUCUCGUGGAGUCAGUUGCUGAGUUGCGAAGUGUGCGAGAAAGUGAGCAAGCUACAGCCUGGGCCAAGGCCGCUGACGAGAAGAAAUGGCAACAGCGGCUCAUACUUCCCUGGCAAAUGCAGUCGUGUGAAUUGGCUGAACCAGCUACCGCCAAAGAGGAGACUGUGGGUGCAGAUGAGUUUGAGGCAUCCACGGCAUUGCUUGUACACGAGGGCAGCACUGCUAUGGGAGGACUGCCGGCAAAGUGUCCUGCCGUCUCAUGUGACAUGUAUAACCCAGCACACUUUGUCGGCCCGAUGAAAGACAUUCUCGCGGCAAUGCCGAAUCACCUGAGAAUUCUGAAGGUGGAGAAUAUCCUUAAGGAUGAUCUGGCGCGGCGCUUUGAAAGCUGCUGGAACAAGAUGCGUACGGCAUACUGGCACUCGGUGCGCAGGAAAAUAGACAACUUCCAGUGUGAACCAGUAAUGGCAUUCCAUGGAACAAACGAGAGGAAUCUGCCCAACAUUGUGAAACAAGGUCUAGUGGUGCCCGGAACGAAGCCUGGUGUCACGGUUCAGCAUGGCUCGUACCUGGGUGUUGGCAUUUACACAUCGCCAUCCAUCGAGCUCUCCUUGGGGUACAGCAGUCGCUUGAGGGUGAUUGUCUGCGCCGUCCUUCUCGGUCACUCGUACCACCUGGGGACGCAGUCGAAGAAGAAGAGUGAUGUGCAGUCACAUCGUGGCAGAGCGGACUCCGUCAUCAGCCCGGACGGUUUCCAGUACGUUGUGCCGUGCGCGGACCAAGUCCUGCCGUGCUACGUUAUCGACUUGGUGGAGAAGCGAACGAAGGACGAGCUCUCCAACACCGGCCGGGCGCCUCUACCUGUGAAAACCAUCACAGCACGGACUCCACUGAUCGAGGAGAGCUCUGCGGCAAAGAAGGCCAGGCUCAAAGCUAGGGCGUUGAAGUUCCUUCCGUUUGGGUUCGGUCCCGCUGGUAAGAAGGCAAUGACGAUAGAGGCUGCCGCCAGCUAUGAUGAGGAUGAAGAAAGAGAGUAUACCCAAUGGAAUGGAGCUGAUGAUGAGCAUGAUUCAGGAAGUGUUCAGGUUGUGCGCAGCGAGUUGCAACAGUACCGGUACAUGGACGAGUGAUUCCCGGUGUAGUAGCCCAUGGCAUCACACACAGACACGCACACUGCGACAGGCCGUGCAUGCUGUGCGUUGCCCAAGCCGCCGUGAGCAGCAAACUUAGCAGUGAAUUGGCGUUUGCUGUAUACCUGCUGUCAUGCGCCCAGCCCAUCACACUAACUGGACCAAGGCUUCAUCCCUAGGGUCUAGCGCUGUAGUGCCACAUGUUCCAGCCCAAGCUGAUGCAGAGUCAGCUGAUACAACCAAAGAAUCCUAAGUGAGCUGGAGGCCAAGUGGAACAAAGGAGUCGAGACACAUUCACUACAGCGCGUCAAUGGCUAUUUUUGGUCACCACCGCAUCAUACGCUAGGUAUUUUAUUCAUAGAAAUUCCCAUUUUAUUGAAAACUUUUAAUAGCAGUGUUAUUUUUCAGAAUGGGUGCUGUCAACAUGAGAUCACACGCCUUCUUCCUGCCGACUUGACUUGACUGGCUCCAUAUAUUUUGACUUAUUUUCGUUUCUCAAAAUUUCAGCAUGAACUCCAGGGUGCUCCUUGCAGGUGUCUGGGCACAUGCUAUAUUGAUUGUACCUUGCUUGCAAUAUGUGACACCGUCCAUUGAACACCAUUGGAAGAAGAAUAUUCUCUUUGA